AUGGCGACGGCCGCGAUCCGCAAGCGCCCAGCGACGGAUCAAGGGCCGCGCGUCGGUGGCGGCGGCGGCAAGAAGCCUCGCUACUCGUGGGGGAGCAUCGCCGACUACGAGAAGCUGGAGGUGCUCGGGCAGGGCGCCCACGGCCUGGUGAUCAAGGCGCUCGACCGCCGGACCGGCAAGAAGGUCGCCCUCAAGUGCCUCCGCGGCUACGACCUGCGCGCCAUCGCCCGCGAGGCCGGCUGCCUCGCCGCCUGCCGCGGCCACCCGUCCAUCCUAGAGAUCCUCGACGUGGCAACGGACGCCGAGACCGGGGACUUCUUCCUCGUCACCGAGCUCGUCGCCGGCGGCCAAACCCUCCGCGAGAACAUCUGGAGGCCGUCGGACGAGAACGUGGCCCGCUUCAUGAUGCGCCAGCUCCUCGACGCGGCAAACAAGAUGCACGGAGCCGGCAUCGUACAUCGCGACAUCAAGCCGGAGAACGUCCUCGUCACCAUGUUCGGGUCGCUCAAAGUCUGCGACUUCGGGUCGGCCACGCGGCAGAAGCCGGCCGGAGUGCCGUACGAGUCGUGCCGCGUCGGCACCUUGAUCUACACCUCGCCGGAGCAGCUCGCCGGAAACCGGUGCUACAGCCAGGCCGUCGACAUGUGGGCGCUUGGGUGCGUCAUGGCGGACAUCCUGUCCGGCGACACACUGUUCGUGGGAGAGACGGAGGAGGACAUGGUCGCCGAGAUGUCCAAGCUGCGGGACCAGAUCAGCUCUACGGGGAAGCUGCACGGCCUGGAGUUCUUCGACGAGCUUUCGGAAGCUGGACGCGAGCUCCUCCUCGGCCUGCUCGCCUUCAACCCGGACCAGAGGCUCACCGCGGCGGAAGCCCUCCAGCACCGCUGGUUCAACAAGUCCUCUGCUUCCACCGGAGACAAGCACCCUGGCUUUCUCACUCUCUUCGGUUAAUUAGCUUGGUUUAGGUGUAGUGUAGUGGUCAGCUACAAUAG